CAACCUUUUCACUCUGGACCCAGGACCCAGCGUUCGCCUGAGCGUGAGCUAGGACCCUCCCUCCCAGGGAACGCCAGGUGCCUUGGGCUCUUGCCCUCCUGCCAACAUCGAGUCUCCAAGUUCGCAAGAGCCAGAGGGAAGGAGCUGCCAACCAGGCACAGCAGAGAACACUGGAACCAUGACAACCAGUCACCAGCCUCAGGACAGGUAUAAGGCUGUCUGGCUCAUCUUCUUUGUCCUGGGUCUGGGGACACUGCUGCCCUGGAAUUUUUUUAUAACAGCAACCCAGUAUUUCACAAGCCGCCUGAACACGUCCCAGAAUAUAUCCUUGGUCACCAACCAAUCAUGCGAAAGCACCGAGGCCUUGGCUGACCCCUCAGUGUCCUUGCCAGCCCGGAGUUCUCUCAGUGCCAUCUUCAACAAUGUCAUGACCCUGUGUGCCAUGUUGCCCCUGCUGAUCUUCACCUGCCUCAACUCUUUCCUGCAUCAGAAGGUGUCUCAGUCCCUUCGGAUCUUGGGCAGCCUGCUGGCUAUCCUGUUGGUGUUCCUCGUCACUGCCACCCUGGUGAAGGUGCAGAUGGAUGCCCUGUCCUUCUUCAUCAUCACCAUGAUCAAGAUUGUGCUCAUUAACUCAUUUGGUGCCAUUUUGCAAGCCAGCCUUUUCGGUCUGGCAGGCGUCCUGCCGGCCAACUACACAGCCCCCAUCAUGAGUGGCCAGGGCCUGGCUGGCUUCUUCACCUCUGUUGCCAUGAUCUGUGCCAUCGCCAGUGGCUCUAAGCUGUCAGAAAGUGCUUUUGGCUACUUCAUCACAGCCUGUGCAGUUGUCAUUUUGGCCAUACUGUGUUACCUGGCCCUGCCUUGGAUGGAAUUCUACCGACAUUACCUGCAGCUCAACCUUGCGGUGCCUGCAGAGCAGGAGACCAAGUUGGAUCUCAUCAGUGAAGGAGAGGAGCCAAGAGGAGGAAGAGAGGAAUCUGGGGUGCCAGGCCCCAACUCUCUACCUGCCAACAGAAACCAAUCCAUCAAAGCCAUACUGAAGAGUAUCUGGGUCCUGGCUCUGUCUGUCUGCUUCAUCUUCACAGUCACCAUUGGGUUGUUCCCUGCUGUGACUGCUGAGGUGGAAUCCAGCAUCGCAGGCACAAGUCCCUGGAGAAACUGCUACUUCAUCCCUGUGGCCUGCUUCCUGAAUUUCAAUGUCUUUGACUGGCUAGGCCGGAGCCUCACAGCUAUUUGCAUGUGGCCUGGUCAGGACAGCCGCUGGUUGCCGGUCCUGGUCGCCUGCAGGGUUGUGUUUAUCCCCCUGCUGAUGCUCUGCAAUGUGAAGCAGCACCACUACCUGCCCUCCCUCUUUAAGCAUGACGUCUGGUUCAUCACCUUCAUGGCCGCCUUUGCCUUCUCCAAUGGCUACCUCGCCAGCCUCUGCAUGUGCUUCGGGCCCAAGAAAGUCAAACCGGCUGAGGCAGAGACUGCCGGAAACAUCAUGUCCUUCUUUCUGUGUCUGGGCCUGGCUCUGGGAGCUGUGCUGUCCUUCUUGUUAAGGGCACUUGUGUGAGCGACCCUGUGUGGACAGAGGAACUACACUGCCUGCUUCCUGCUCACUUCCUUCGCUGUUAGGGGCGAGCAGGGGUCCAGAGGGCUGCUCCUCUGCUUUCCUCCAGACUGGGGGCUGGGCCCAGAUGUCCAGGAACAAAGGAGGGGGUCUCUGAGGAUGGACUUGGGAUUGGGGGUCAGAGUGGGAGGGAGACAACGGUCUCUGACAGACAGCUCUGACUGAUCCCUGCCUAAGCCAAGCACAAGAGGCUCCACAAGGAUGGGGUGGAGACGGAUGGCUGACUGUGUAUCAUGAUCUGAUGUCCCUUGCCCUUCUUUCUUCUGUGCCUGUUCCAGGUCCCCGAUCCUUGUCAUUUUACUGCCUUUUUUAUACUGACAGAAACCAGGUGCCUUCAGAGGCCAUCUGAUUAAAUAAACAUUUUUUUCCUCCAUA